UCGUCUGCAUCCGAUUCAUCCGGAGAUCAGACACGGAGGACCCUUCCCGAGGAAUAUGGAUUCAAAGAUGCUCAGGGCUGGAGACGUUGGCGACUGCUUCGUCCUGGCUGGGGAAUGUAUCACGAUGUCAAACGGAGAUUCCCAUACUAUUACAGCGACAUCACAGACGCAUUCACAUAUCGUACUAUUGCCAGCACCGUACGAAUGUAUUUCGUCAAUUUACUCCCCGCUUUGGCCUACACGCUAGACAUGUAUCGCCAAACCGGUCAAUUCUAUGGCGUGAAUGAAGCUCUUUCUACGUCGGCUUUGGCAGCAUUGGUGUUUAGAAUCUUAGGCGCUCAGCCUCUUACCAUCGUUGGAAUCACUGGACUAAUCGCCUUGUUCAACUACACCACCUACGAUAUCAUUAUGCAGUACGAUGCCUCAAUCUACCCUCAGUUCAUGUGUUGGACUGCGAUCUGGGCCGCAAUCUUCCAUUGGACCGUUGCUUUCUGUAACCCCUGUGAUUACAUGCGAUAUGUGACCGACUUUUCCAGCGAGUCGUUCGGCAUGUACGUUGGCAUCAUUUAUAUGAGUUUGUACCCCCGAACUGACUUGCUAUUCCAGUACUGGCAAACUACAGUCAAGGGAGUCGAGGAACUCGUCGCCGAGUCCAGCUCCCAUGGUCUCAAUGCUGGAUACCUUAGCACCAUAAUCGCGAUUCUAUACUCCAGUACUGUUUACGCGCUCGAGAAGCUGGGCAACAGCACACUUUGGACACCUAGCAUUCCAGGAUUGUUAGCCGAUUACGCCUAUCCUCGAACCGACAUUAGCUAUCUGCCCAUCUCAAGAUCCUUCCAUUCAACAGCAGAUCGAUCUUGGUUGAUUCACUUCUGGCAUCUGGAUGUGAGAUGGGUGUUUGUCGCCCUUCCUUUCGGUUUCCUUCUGAUGCUUCUCUUUUACUAUGACCAUGCACGUCAGUUUCCUUUGAAGAAGCCCGGCGGAUUCCAUUGGAACUUCUUCUUGCUUGGAUGUACCACGUUCGUGGCUGGCAUUCUUGGACUCCCUUUGCCCAACGGACUGGUACCGCAAGCGCCCUUGCACACUGAUUCUCUGACCGUCUACUUGACUGACCUUCGUAUCAUCCCUACGGAGGAAGGUGAAGGAGCUGAGAUCAGACGACCAGUUGUCCGGGCAGCCUCUGUGGUCGAGCAACGUAUCUCGCAUUUACUCAUGGGUCUCCUGCUUGUCGGGACCAUGACGAGACCUCUAUUUGUCGUUCUACAUACUAUGCCUUCUGCCAUCUUCGCAGGCGUCUUUUUCAUUGUCGGAUGGGGAUCCAUUGAGUUUAACACAAUCGUUCAGAAGCUGAUGUAUCUAAUGUCCGAAGAUCGCUUUGUACCAAAAGACGAGCCGCUUCGCAAGGUAAGCAAGAGGAAGAUCCUGUUCUGGCUCACGCUACAAGGCCUUGGCGUGUCUGCUACUGUGGCCAUCUCACAGACCAUUGCUGCAAUCGGUAAGCACAUCUCACUCAUUGAGAGGUGUACUAGAAAGUAUAUAACUGACCUGAUUACCCANGGUUUCCCUGUCAUAAUCAUCGCACUGAUUCCUUUGCGUACGCACAUCAUACCUAAAUGGUUUGACAAGCAAGAGCUCGAAGUCCUCGAUGAUUUGACCGCGAACAAUCCACGCGUACUUGCAAGUCUUGGAGGGCUUCCUGACUUACCAGAGCGUAUCAACAUGGAUGAGUAUGGCGCAAUAAAACAGUAUGCCGAGAAGCAUCAAGGUGUUCCAAGGCAGAGAGCUGGAAGCAUUCAUCGUUAA